UAAGCAGCACACCGGUGGCAACGGAGGGUCAACUGACGCCAGCCACUGCGCGGGUGGGAAGCCAGCGCUGCGCCGGGCCCCCUUCCCCGAAGCCACUAGAUUAAAAGGUUGCAGCAUCUCCUAAAGUGCGGGGAGGUGACCGCCCGGCGCAGCGCUCCCCGCAGGGCUCCCGCAGCUCGGUGCGGAGCGGUGAGAGGGAGUUGUUUUCUUUCUGCCCAGGCGAUCCGAGUCCACCACGUUCUCCUGAAGUUCGCCCGGGUCGGUCCUUCCUCGCCCGGCCCCGAGAUGCUGCUGGAAAGAGUCCGAGCUAGUUCCGAGAAGGCAGCUGAGAUCUGCCCCUUCAGCCGGACCCCAGAAAUCCCUCUCUGUGCAGGCUGCAACCAACACAUUGUGGACAGAUUCAUCCUGAAGGUGCUGGACAGACACUGGCACAGCAAAUGCCUGAAAUGCAGCGAUUGCCAGACCCAGCUGGCUGAGAAAUGCUUCAGCAGAGGGGACAGCGUGUAUUGCAAAGAGGAUUUUUUCAAGAGGUUUGGGACAAAAUGUGCAGCCUGUCAGCAGGGGAUCCCCCCGACCCAGGUGGUGAGAAGGGCCCAAGAUUUUGUCUACCACCUGCACUGCUUCUCUUGCAUCGUGUGUAAAAGGCAGCUGGCCACGGGGGACGAGUUCUACCUCAUGGAGGACAGCCGGCUGGUCUGUAAAGGAGACUAUGAGACCGCCAAGCAGAGAGAGGCGGAGUCCACGGCAAAAAGACCCCGAACCACGAUCACAGCCAAGCAGCUGGAAACCCUGAAAAACGCUUAUAACAAUUCCCCCAAACCGGCCAGGCACGUGAGAGAGCAGCUGUCCUCAGAGACCGGGCUGGACAUGAGAGUCGUACAGGUAUGGUUCCAGAACAGAAGGGCUAAGGAAAAAAGACUAAAGAAAGAUGCUGGGAGGCAGAGAUGGGGCCAGUACUUUAGGAAUAUGAAAAGAUCCCGGGGGAAUUCAAAAUCUGACAAGGACAGUAUCCAGGAGGAAGGCCCAGAUAGCGAUGCUGAGGUCUCCUUUACAGAUGAGCCCUCUAUGUCAGAAAUGAGUCACUCCAAUGGGAUUUACAGCAACCUAAAUGAAGCUUCUCCUGCUCUGGGGAGACAAGCUGGGACCAACGGGAGCUUCUCUUUGGAACACAGUGGCAUUCCCGCUCAGGACCAGUACCACGACCUCAGAUCCAACAGCCCCUACGGGAUACCCCAAUCACCAGCUUCUUUGCAGGCGUUAUCAGGCCACCAGCCUUUAAUCUCAAGCUUGGUUUAUCCAGACAACGGUUUAGGCAUCAUAGCUCAAGGUGGACAAGGUGUGCCCCAGCCAAUGAGAGUCUUAGGUGGGAAUGGACCCAGUUCCGAUCUCUCCACAGGGAGCAGUGGAGGGUAUCCAGACUUCCCUGCUAGCCCUGCCUCUUGGUUAGAUGAAGUUGAUCAUGCUCAGUUUUGAUACAGGACCCACCACACUGUGGGGAAAAGACUUCAGGCUACUAAGCAUCAUCUACUGUUGAGACUAAAAUAUGGGGCAAAAAAUGACUUCUGAGGAAAAAGUAAGAUAGUUACACGGAGAAAGAAAAGCAAAUGUGCUCAAGAGGCUGGCCAGCCCUGGGUUAGCCAAAGACAAUUGACCAAGGAUUCACGUCAGAGUGGCUGGCUUAAGGAAAGUCCAAGUGACACUGCUCAUUGUGUCUACAGAAAACUAACUGAACAUCAAGACUCGUGCUUUGCAGAGCUGAGAACGUAUUUUGUUUUCUGUUGUCAGUUCAUUCUCCAAAGCAAUGACUUGCUUCGUCACUUACUUAGCCCUCAAGCUUUUUUAAAAAUAAAGAUCUCAUCCAUUGUAAAA